CACUUCGCCACUGCCAGUGCAGGAUGCACCUGCUGACGUGCUGACGGUGAGGCAUGAACACAAAAGCAAACAGACAGACAGACAGACAGAUGAAUGGAUGACGACUUCUGGCUGUCUGUGUCUGUCCGUGUGUCUGUCUGUCUGUUCUCACUGCAGAUGGCAUUGCUGGCGAUGGCGUCGUUGUGCGCUUGAUUGGUCAAUGGCCGUCAAAUGGGCUUACCCCGUAUGUCAGCAAUGUGGAGAGGAAGGUGCGUGACAGUGUGUGUGUUGCGCGUCCAGGGAUGGGACUCGAGUGAUGGCUGGGUCGUGCUGGUACGCUGCCGCCCGGCAGUUUGCAAUUGGGGCUCCCGACGGCUGGGGCUGAAGAGUCUACUGUGCUACUGGGUUGGAUCUUGCGGCUCUUGGGUGUGCUUUCAGCGUUUAUUCCAGCAAGGUAUGAUUGCGGUUGCUUGAUUCGGUUUGUCCGCGACGGUCCGCCUCCAUGCAUGAUGAGACGACUGCAUGGAUGAGGUGAAACCAUUGUGAGGAUGGGCAUGUGGGUGGUGGUGUGUGUUGGUUGGGGCGGGAGGGGCUUGGUGCUGCAUGUUGAUGGCGGGAAAACGGGUGUGACUGAGCAAGAGAAGUACUAUAGCUAGUGUGGUGGUGGGGAAUGUGUGUUUUUUUGCAGCUGCCUGUGGUGUUCUUUGUUUGUGUAUGAGUGUCCGCUCGCCUGUUGAUUUGGUGGUACUAUACUGUACUGUACGUGUGUUGUGAUAUAUAUGUAGGCGUGCGUACGUACACACACUUGUGGCUCACUGAUUGAUUGACUCACUGAUUGGUCAAUUGAUUGACUCAUUGGUGUCUCGUUGACAGCAUUGAUUGAUUGACGUCACUCACGUGCACUGAUUGGUUCACUGACGAUGAGUGAGUGUGGGUUGAGCGUGUCGUCGCGUGGCGACAGCAGCAGCAGCUGCAGCUCUGUGGUGCGGGUCGUGUCGAGCGAGGCGGACGGCGGCGGGCAGUUUGUGCGAGUCACUGCCGUGCCUCACUGCCCGCCUACAAAGUCGGCUCCGCCGGCAACGGGUGAGUGAAUGAGUGAAUGAGUGAGCGUUCCUCUCUCAUUCAUUCUGAAUGUGACGCUCAACUGCACCCAACAGCCGUCACUCAUCAGUGAGACAGCUCAGGUGGACAGCGGAUGGGAGGCUAAUCUGUGUGUGUGUGUGCUCAGGCUUGAUCGAGCAUACCAAGCGCAAGGCCAGGUGAGUGAGACAUGGAAUGACACACACGCAUCUCUGUCUGUCUCCAUCUGUGUGUGUCUGCAUCUGUGUGUGUGGCGUCUUUCCAUUCCAGGUCGUUCAAGAAGCGCGUCAAGUCGGGCCGGAUCUACGACUCCAUGUGCAUCAAGUGCAUGGGCCUGCCUGUCCUCUCGCUCGACACACACGAUCACGCCGACCCCGACAAGGCGACGCUGCGCUGCUCGUCCCUCCUCGACAGUCUCGUGUCAGUCACCAUGCAUCACACAGACACACCCACGCUGCUCGGUACAGACACACACAUCCAUCCAUCCACACAGGCAUCCACUGUGGCAUGCAUCAGAUGUGUCUGAGGCUGUGUUGUUCUCGUCCAAACCUCUCGUGUUUUUCCCCACGCAUCGCCUCAUACUCAACUGCAUCCAUCAGAAGCACAUCUACGAGUGGGUCAAGCGGCGGGUGUCGCCGGAUCUCUCCAUGUCGCCCACAAAGAGCGCCAAGGAGGUCAGCCCACCCACUGGCCACCAACAACCAAACACACUCACCGCUUGGUGCAUUGGAUGCAUCCAUCCAUCAGGCGGGUGACAGUCUGAUCAGCGGUGGCGGCAAGGCCACUGGCGCAGACGUGUCGGGGUCCCCCACGCGAGCGAUCUCAGCCAAGCCUUCGAUGGCUCAGACGAUCGCCCAGGACAAUCUCAUCACACCCAAGUGAGACAGCAACACCACCGGCAACACGCAUCUACUCAUGCAUGUGUGUGUGUGUGUGUGUCGCAGGGAUUCGGUGGCCCAUGUGGUGGAGUGCGAGGAGAGCAGCGACAGUCUCGACGGCGUGUCGGCCUCGUCGUCCGAUGCUGAUGAUGCUGAGGAGGCGGAGGAUGUGCUGUCGUUCCCACCCACGCCCUUCUCGUCUGUGCCCUUCCCUCCCCCCGACUGCCCGCCACACAUCGACACGGCCCCACCCGCCCUCUUGGCCUUCGAGUUGUGCUUCGCUGCCAACGACAAGAUCAAGAUGCACGCGGUAAGCCACACACACACCCCCAACGCAUGUAUCGACACCCAUAUGUGUGUGUGUGUGUUGCAGGUGGAGGUCGCGCCGAUGAGCAAUCCGGCACACACGGUCUUCGCACCGCCCGACUCGGUGUAGGCAGCCGGCAGCCGGCAGAUGCACACACUCACAUUGACGUGGCUGAGAUGGAUAUGUAUGUAUGUGUGUAUCUGUCCAUCCAUCCAGUGAGAUAGAGUUUUGGCUGGAGUCAUGCAACAAGCAGACACCCGUCGUGACACAAGCCAUCGGGAGCUUCGAGGUCACCAAAGCAUGACGCACAAGACGUGCAUGUCGGUCGGUCUGUCUGUCUGUGUGUGUCCGAUUGCAGGCCGAUCACGCGUGUCAGAUGUCGUGCUGCGCUGGUGAUGAGCUCGUCAUCCACAUGCGCACCACAACGCAGUGGACAUACGCAACUCACGCCACCUCUCGUCUAUCUGGGUGAGGCCAGCACACACACACACAUAUAUAUAUGUCGAUGUGCAAUGGUUGUGCAGGUGGGUGCCGACGUGUGUGUGUCCGAUGCCGAUGUGGUCCGAGUGUGAGAUACAGAAUGUCGUCUGCCAGAACGUCGUCACCAUCCUCAACCCGCCGUCUCGUGUGAGUGGCCAAGCCCGACAGACAACCAACACUGUGUACUUGUGGAUGCCCCUCUGUGUGUGUGGUCUCAGCGUGUGUGCUUUCCGGCGUUGCAGUGCUCCGUUGGCGACAAGGUGGUGAUCCUGCAACACGGGGCCGUCAGGACACACACUCAGGGCGCGUCAGUGCUCGUCAGGGCAUACGGACAACCGCACAGAGAGGGGUAAGGGCACACACACACACACACGUCACCGCAUUGUAUGUCCGGCAACCACACUUCAGCUACGUGAGCUGCGCUGACAUCGGUCUGCCCAUCCCCCACAGCAAGACACGACAGGUGAGGACAGAGUCUUGCUGCACGAUGGCCUCUGUGUGUGGGUGUCACUCUCUCUCCUGCACUGUGUGUGUGUAUCUGUGUGCGUUAGGUCUGGAAGAAGCUGGGGCAUCCGGUGCUCAUGAAGGAGUGAUCGGUGUCAAUCGACUCAGACAGAGACAAGCAGACCCUCAGACCGACAAACAGCGAGGAACAGACACUCAGACAGAGACAGCAGACAGACAGACCGACAAAGAGAGGGUGGAGGGAUCGAUGCGUGUGACGGUGAGCUGCGUGAACUGUGAGAAGUUACAGCAUAGGG